AUCGAUCUUCGAGAAUACAUUCGAAGUCUUCGAGAACAUCACCGCCUGACGGGGAAUAACGAAACAUCCCAUCCUAAAGUUGGAGAUGUUGUGAUCAUUAAAGAAGAUCAGAAACCCAGAAACGUGUGGAAACUAGCGAUGGUAAAGCAAUUAAUCACGGGGAGAGACAGCAUCGUGAGAGCUGUGAGGUUGAAAACUGGAAAAGGUCAUUUAGAGCGGGCAAUCCAACAUUUGUUUCCGCUGGAGUUAAGUUGUGAUGUGGAAGAACCAAGUCAGCUAAACCCAGAAGCUCCAGAGUACAACCCUCGACCACGAAGACAAGCCGCAGCCAUAGCUUCACAACGAAUUCAAGAAAUCGUAAGACGAAAACGAGGAACAUUGACAUUGAACAUAAACGUUUAA